GAUUGUUAACAAACCUCAGGUCCAAAACCCGAAAACCCCAAAAUAUGGUGAGAUUAUUAGAUUCUGAUUUUCUGAAAUAAUAAAAAGUAUCAACCCAAACUAAAAUACAGCCAAAGGGUGUCCGUCCUCCUUCCCUACAAUUUUUUCCCCAAUUCGAGGAUCAAUUUGAUUUAGGGUUUUAAUUUUUCCAGAUUAUUGAAUUCAGUCCCCAGGGAAAUGGACGGACAUAGCGGCCGAGGCGGCAGCAGUGUGGAUGUUUUCUUGCAAAAUUAUAAUCUUGGUAAAACUCUUGGCAUUGGUUCAUUUGGUAAGGUGAAGAUUGCUGAGCAUAAAUUGACUAGUCAUAAAGUUGCCAUUAAGAUUUUGAAUCGCCGGAAGAUUAAAAAUAUGGAGAUGGAGGAGAAAGUGAGAAGAGAAAUCAAAAUUUUGAGACUGUUCAUGCAUCCCCAUAUUAUUCGACUGUAUGAAGUUAUUGAGACACCAUCGGACAUUUAUGUUGUGAUGGAGUAUGUCAAGUCUGGAGAAUUAUUUGACUACAUAGUGGAAAAGGGUAGGUUACAAGAGGAUGAAGCAAGAAAUUUUUUCCAACAGAUUAUAUCAGGAGUAGAGUAUUGUCACAGGAAUAUGGUUGUCCAUAGAGACUUGAAGCCCGAAAAUCUUCUAUUAGAUUCGCAUCACAAUGUGAAGAUAGCGGAUUUUGGUUUGAGCAACAUUAUGAGAGAUGGUCAUUUUCUGAAGACCAGCUGUGGAAGCCCAAAUUAUGCAGCCCCUGAGGUAAUUUCUGGAAAACUCUAUGCUGGUCCUGAAGUUGAUGUGUGGAGUUGCGGUGUUAUCUUAUAUGCUCUUCUUUGUGGUACUCUACCUUUUGAUGAUGAAAACAUUCCCAACCUUUUCAAGAAAAUUAAGGGUGGGAUAUACACCCUUCCAAGUCAUUUAUCACCUGGAGCUAGAGAUCUGAUUCCCAGGAUGCUUGUAGUUGAUCCUAUGAAGAGGAUUACAAUCCCAGAGAUCCGUCAACAUACAUGGUUUCAAGCUCAUCUUCCUCGUUAUUUAGCCGUGCCACCUCCAGAUACAAUGCAACAGGCGAAGAAGAUUGACGAAGAGAUACUCCAGGAAGUUGUUAGGAUGGGAUUUGACAGAAACCAGUUAAUUGACUCUCUCCGCAAUAGGCUCCAAAAUGAGGGGACUGUUGCAUACUAUUUGCUUUUUGAUAACCGCUUCCGAGCUUCAAGUGGCUAUCUUGGGGCUGAGUUCCAAGAAACAAUGGAGAACAAUUUUGGCCGCAUGCAUCCAAAUGAAGUUGCUUCUCCUGUUUCUGGGCACCAGUAUCAUGGUUAUGUUGAUUACCAGGGAAUCGGCUUGCGACCACAGUUCCCUGUUGAGCGGAAAUGGGCUUUGGGGUUACAGUCUCGAGCUCAUCCUCGUGAGAUUAUGACUGAAGUUCUUAAAGCCUUGCAAGAGUUGAAUGUCUGCUGGAAAAAGGUUGGGCAUUAUAACAUGAAGUGCAGAUGGAUUCCCGGCAUUCCUGGUCAACAUGAAGGGAUGGUUGAUAAUCCUGUACAUAAUUAUUUUGGUGACGAGUCCAACAUAGUUGAAAAUGAUGGAGUGUUGAGGUCUCCCAACGUUGUGAAGUUUGAGGUGCAGCUGUACAAGACCCGUGAGGAGAAGUAUUUACUUGAUCUACAAAGGGUUCAGGGACCGCAGAUGCUAUUCCUUGAUCUUUGCGCAGCUUUCCUUGCUCAACUCCGUGUGCUUUAGUUAGCAAUAACCAGCUAUCAAAUUGUCAUAGCAGUCAUAUAAUUUGUAUAUAUGAUCUAUGGUUCUGUAUGUGCAUUAUUUUUCUUGAUAGAGCGAGUUUUAUUGCUGACCUAGGUGCUUACCAGGUGUUGAUUAAUCAUGAUAUUCGAGGAGUAUUGUGGUCUCUCCCAUCUCAUGGUCCGGCUAAGUUUGAACUUACAAAGCCACCAUCUCUUGUUAUGCAAAGUAGAAAGGCAAAAUUCGCCUGAAAUGUUUUAUUCUCUAGUCUUUUGAAUCUCUAAUGUGGUCAAUGACCAUCCCAUAAUUCAGGAUUAAAGAUGAAGUGUGGUCUGUUGGCAAUGUUAGUAUUUCCACUAGCUCAAAUGUGAUGCCACUUUUAAUCAAUAGUGUUGAAAAUAACGUUUACUAAUUUCCCCUA